UACUGAUUCAAUCUCUAUGAUGUGCAAAUAUACCCUACACGCCAAUGGCCUCCUUAUCCCAGUGCUGCUGGUACAAAACUCCUCCACACGAUAAAACUGGCCCCUCUUGCACCCCUCUGGAGCCAAAUACAUUAUGAACAAUAACGGCUGCUCCCAAAGUUGAAGCAAUCUAACAAGUCAUGGAGUACGGCCUUGCGUAGCUUUACCGGGUGUCAUGAACAAGAUGGUUGUUUGACGCUAGUUAGAGCAGAGCAUGACAUCAAAUUAGCUACAACCUAAGAAACAAUUCGAAACUGUGAUUAUGGAAGGGGCACAUAUGUAAUGCCUGAGCAAACAUAAUGAAGGCUGUGAGAAGACUACGAGAGACCUUGCCAGCCAAGAGACGUUUGCUCAGAUAUUGAUAAAUUAUAUAAUAGCAACCUUAAGCAACAGCCGACUGCUUUUCGGUGCAAAGUAAGGCAUUUAUAAAUGCGUGAUAUCAGAAUUCAAAUUUGAGGCAGAAGGGACACUUGCCUGCAAUGCUUAGACGAUCUCAAGUGGAAGAGACAGGUGAGAUGAAGGAUACAAUUUCGACGUCCCACAAAACGUAGAGCUGCACGACAUUGAUAAUGAAGAAGUCUCGCUCCUGUGCCAAUGUAUCCAAUUCCCAGCAUGGCUUGGAACGUGUUGAGGCUUUGGCCUGGAGACCAUGAUCCUUCAGAAUCCUGCCGCGUGUCUUAUCCCCCAGCUUCAACAGCAGAAAGCAUCAAAAUAAAACAAAGAAUGAAUAACAAGCAGUAGAAUCAGUCUGCGGCCCAAAUAAGCAAGUUUCCAAGGGUUGACCUAUCCUCCAUACUUAUCCAAUGUUUGGAGAGAGCAGCUGGCUUUGGCUUUAUUGAUUGACCGUUGACCAAAUCCAUGAUUAUUGAGUUCGUAUGGAAGGGUAAGAGCUUCCCCACAGGCUUGCCUAAAUACUCACAGGGCACAAACUAUUCUCUCUAGGUAGUUUUACAACGGUCCAAGUCGUUUUAUUCAUUACCUAGACACUCCUAAUUCAAGUAUGAUAUCUUGGCACAGCCGCUAAAAAUAGAUCCGGAAAUGUGGUGAGGAGUUGAAAACCGCUUUCUAGGGUGUAGUCAGAAGCCUCUUAGAAGAUUGAGUUACCGUAAGAGAUAUUUCUCAAAGCUACUUAGGUAUCGUUUUCUUCGUGUGGUGAACUUCUAUCGCUGCCUUGGAUUGUCAGUGAGUGUUUCGUUUCGGACGCUGCCCCUGUCAGGACUCAGGAGUCGUUCGAACGGCGCUAGCUCGAAGGGUGCUUUUAAGUGGGACCUUCAAGUCCAGGUGUUGUUCGUGAAGAGGAAGACACCUGGAACCAUCAACGCACUCCACAUUACCUAGAUCUCACCCUUCACAUCACCACGUUCAGCAUCCCAGACAUUAAUGGGAGCUUCGAUAACGACGCACAUCUACUUCUCCUUACAUCAUAUUCGACUUGCUGAGCUUUGAGCACAGUCGCGGGUCCACGGCGCCCCUCGCGCAGCGCAAACAAUAAAGAUGGCGCCUGCUUUGCCCAUCAGAUUCACGGAGCUCCUCCAGUUAACCAGCUCUUCAGUUGGUGUAGACCAAGCAUCAAUUGGAUUCAACUCAUGUACCCUCGAAUCCGAUUCCUUCAUCUGCGUCCGCGAACAGAAAGCGGGAGCCGCAUCCCCUGAAGUCGUAAUCAUCGAACUCAAGAAUGGCAGCAAUGUCAUCCGCAGACCCAUCAAGGCCGAUAGUGCCAUCAUGCACUGGACCAAGAAUAUCAUUGCCUUGAAGGCUCAAUCCCGGACGCUCCAGAUCUUCGACCUCGGUCAGAAGCAAAAGCUGAAGUCGGCUACGAUGAAUGAGGAUGUUGUGUUCUGGAAGUGGUUCAGCGAAACAACAUUGGGUUUGGUCACAGAUACCGCAGUCUACCACUGGGAUGUCUUCGAUCCAAACCAGGCAUCUCCAGUUGAGGUCUUCAAGAGAAAUCAGAACUUGACCGGAUGCCAAAUCAUCAACUACCGAGUUAGCGAUGAUGGAAAAUGGAUGGUGGUCGUUGGUAUCACGCAGCAGCAAGGACGAGUUGUUGGUGCUAUGCAACUAUACUCUCGAGAUCGUGCUAUCAGUCAAGCUAUCGAGGGUCAUGCGGCGGCCUUCGGAACAUUAAGACUCGAAGGUGCUCCCGCGGAUACUAAGGUCUUCACAUUCUCUGUUCGGACAGCCACAGGUGCCAAGCUGCACAUUGUCGAGGUCGACCACCAGGCAUCGAACCCGGUUUUCCCAAAGAAGGCUGUCGAUGUGUACUUUCCGACAGAGGCUGUUAACGAUUUCCCAGUUGCUAUGCAAGUCUCGCAAAAGUACAGCAUCAUUUACCUGGUUACAAAGUAUGGCUUCAUCCACCUUUACGACUUGGAGAGUGGUACAUGUAUUUUCAUGAACCGGAUAUCGAGUGAGACUAUCUUCAUCACAGCUUCGGAUGCCGAGUCAGCUGGUAUCGUGGGAGUAAAUCGUAAGGGCCAGGUCCUAUCUGUUGCAGUUGAUGAGACCACCAUCAUUCCAUACCUUCUUCAGAAUCCUGGCAACUCGGGUCUUGCAGUCAAGCUUGCAUCAAGAGCUGGCCUACCUGGUGCGGACAAUUUGUAUGCACAACAGUUCGAUCAAUUGCUCAGCGCCGGAAACUACAACGAAGCUGCUAAGAUUGCCGCCAACUCCCCUCGAGGCUUUCUUCGCACCCCUCAAACCAUUGAGCGCUUCAAGAGCUUGCCAGCUGUUCCUGGACAAUUAUCUGUCAUCCUUCAGUACUUCGGCAUGCUUCUGGACAAGGGAACCCUGAACAAGCACGAAACCCUCGAGCUCGUUAGACCCGUUCUUGCCCAGAACCGAAAGCAUCUGCUGGAGAAGUGGAUGAAGGAGAAUAAACUUGAUUGCUCUGAGGAGUUGGGUGAUGUUGUGAGACCACAUGAUUUGAACUUGGCCCUUAGCAUUUACUUGCGUGCAAAUGUUCCUCCCAAGGUUGUGGCUGCGUUUGCGGAAACCGGCCAAUUCGAUAAGAUUCUCCCAUACGCCACACAAGUGGGUUACCAGCCUGACUACGUUGUGCUUCUUCAGAAUAUCGUACGAAUUAACCCAGACAAAGCCACUGAGUUUGCUACCCAACUUGCAAACAGCGAAGGUGGUUCAUUGGUUGAUAUUGAGCGAGUUGUCGAUGUCUUCCAAUCACAGGGCAUGGUCCAGCCCGCCACGGCUUUUCUUCUAGAUGCUCUCAAGGACAACAAGCCUGAGCAAGGCCAUCUUCAGACACGUCUUCUUGAGAUGAACCUUGUCAAUGCUCCUCAAGUCGCUGAUGCGAUUUUGGGUAAUGACAUGUUCUCUCAUUACGAUAGAGCCCGCAUUGCAGCUCUUUGCGAGCAAGCUGGCCUCUCUCAGCGUGCCUUGGAGCAUUACGAUGACCCGGAGGCUGUCAAGCGUGUGAUUGUCAACAUCGUAGCAACACCGAACUUCAACCAAGAAUGGCUCAACGGGUUCUUUGGUCGAUUGUCACUCGAGCAAUCACUGGACUGCUUGGAUGCCAUGUUGAAGAGCAACAUCCGGCAAAAUCUCGGAGCUGUGGUACAAAUCGCAACGAAAUAUUCGGAUCUUCUAGGCCCAACUAGACUGAUUGAUUUAUUCGAGAAGUACAAGACGUCUGAGGGACUUUUCUACUAUCUCGGUAGCAUCGUCAAUCUUAGCGAGGACCAAGAUGUUAACUUCAAGUACAUCGAGGCUGCUACUAAGAUGGGUCAAUUUGCUGAGGUCGAGCGCAUUUGUCGUGACAGUAACUACUACAACGCUGAAAAAGUUAAGAACUUCUUAAAAGAAGCCAAGCUGACUGAGCAACUGCCUCUGAUCAUCGUUUGCGACCGCUUCAACUUCAUUCACGACUUGGUCCUUUAUCUUUACCAGAACCAACAGUUUAAGUCUAUUGAGGUCUACGUCCAGCGAGUGAACCCAGCCAGAACCCCGGCUGUCGUUGGUGGCUUGUUGGAUGUUGAUUGUGACGAGUCGAUCAUCAAGGGCCUUCUCCAAACUGUCAACCCGGCUUCGAUUCCCAUUGAUGAACUUGUCUCCGAGGUUGAAUCCCGGAAUCGCCUCAAGAUUCUCCUUCCCUUCUUGGAGGCUACAUUGGCCGCUGGUAACCAGCAGCAAGCUGUUUACAAUGCUCUUGCCAAGAUCUAUAUUGACAGCAACAAUAACCCUGAGCGCUUCUUGAAGGAGAAUGAUCAAUACGACACUCUGAUCGUCGGAAAAUAUUGUGAGAAGCGUGAUCCUAAUCUUGCGUACAUUGCCUAUAGCAAAGGCAACAAUGACUUAGAACUCGUCAGCAUCACAAACGACAACUCCAUGUUCAAAGCGCAAGCGCGGUACCUUCUGGAGAGAGCUGAUAAUGAGCUGUGGUCGUUCGUCCUAAGUGCGAACAACAUCCAUCGUCGGUCUGUCGUCGAUCAAGUAAUUUCGACUGCCGUUCCCGAGUCCACGGAGCCCGACAAGGUCUCUGUUGCCGUUGCUUCUUUCUUGGCAGCAGAUCUUCCCGUGGAGCUGAUUGAGCUGUUGGAGAAGAUCGUGCUUGAACCAUCACCAUUCAGUGAUAAUGAGAACCUCCAAAACCUCUUGAUCUUGACCGCGACGAAAGCAGAUAAAGGCCGUGUCAUGGACUACAUCCACCGACUAGACGCCUACAAUGCCCCGGAUAUUGCCACGAUUUGCGUCGAAGUUGGUCUUUUCGAGGAAGCCUUUGAGGUCUACAAGAAGAUCAACGAUCAUAAAAGUGCAGCCAACGUCCUUGUCGAGCACGUUGUUAGUAUCGAUCGUGCCCAAGAGUACGCUGAGCGUGUUGAGCUUCCAGAGGUAUGGAGCCGAGUUGCCAAGGCCCAGUUAGAUGGUCUCCGUGUCAGCGAUGGUAUUACUUCAUACAUCCGCGCUGAUGACCCAAGCAACUACAACGAAGUCAUUGAGAUUGCUACCCAUGCAGGCAAGGAUGAUGACUUGAUCAAGUAUCUUCGAAUGGCCCGCAAGACCCUCCGGGAACCACCCAUCGAUACUGCCUUGGCUUUCGCCUAUGCCCGUACCGACCAACUCAGCGAAUUGGAAGACUUCCUCAGAGGUACAAACGUCGCUGACGUCGAGGAGUCUGGUGACAAGGCCUAUGCCGAAGGCUACCACCAAGCUGCCAAGAUCUUCUUCACGAGCAUCUCGAACUGGGCUAAGCUGGCAACAACUCUUGUUCAUCUCGAAGACUACCAGGCUGCUGUUGAGUGUGCCCGCAAGGCAAAUAACAUCAAGGUCUGGAAGCAAGUCAACGCGGCAUGUGUCGAGAAGAAGGAGUUCCGACUUGCUCAGAUUUGCGGCUUGAACUUGAUUGUUGAUGCCGAGGAAUUGCAGGAUCUGGUCAAGCAAUAUGAGCAUAAUGGCUAUUUCGACGAGCUGAUCACUCUCCUCGAGCAAGGCUUGGGUCUAGGUACGUUCGUUCCUUCCUUAUGUUUUGAUUCUCUCCACCCCCUUGCCCCUUCCCAUUUAGCAUUGCUCCUUCUGUAUCAUUCCCGGACGCAACAAGAAGCACAAGGACGGACCCAACCACCUCAAGAUGGUUGCUGCUGCUCAAGCAGCUGAGACUGGCUCUUAUCCGGUCUCACACCACUACAACUCGACUUUUUGGAGAAUCGGGAGCCCCGAUUCGGACGCAUUCUUAGCUUCUCAAAAGUUCUUAUCGACGGCGUCCAUUAGCAUGACUACACUUGGACUGUCGCUAUCUCAGAAGUACUUUCGGACGCUGUCUGACCUCACUGGACCACGAUUCGAACUUCUGGACUUUCCUUGUCACUAACAUCCAACAUCAUCGCUAUCACUGUCGCCUCCUGUUUCACUACUAACGAUUUAUCUCUAGAACGCUGUCAUAUGGGAAUUUUUACGGAACUAGGCAUCGCCUUGUCCAAAUACCACCCAGAUCGUGUGAUGGAGCACUUGAAGCUUUUCUGGAGUCGUAUCAACAUUCCGAAGAUGCUUCGCGCCACCGAGGAUGCUCAUCUCUGGCCAGAGUUGGUUUUUCUGUACUGCCACUACGACGAAUGGGACAAUGCAGCUCUUGCCAUGAUGGAACGCGCUACUGAUGCCUGGGAGCACCACUCCUUCAAAGACAUUGUCGUCAAAGUUGCAAAUUUGGAGAUCUACUAUCGAGCUCUCAACUUCUAUCUUCAAGAGCAGCCUUCUCUCCUGACCGAUCUGCUUCAAGCUUUGACACCCCGCAUUGACGUCAACCGCGUUGUGAAGAUGUUCGAGAAGUCGGACAAUAUUCCUCUUAUCAAGCCAUUCCUCCUCAAUGUUCAAUCUCAGAACAAGAAGAUUGUCAAUAGCGCCAUCAAUGACUUAUUGAUCGAGGAAGAGGACUACAAGACCCUGCGUGAUUCUGUUGAGAAUUAUGACAAUUACGACCCUGUCGAGUUGGCUCAACGUCUCGAGCGUCAUGACUUGGUAUUCUUCCGCCAGAUUGCUGCCAACAUCUACCGGAAGAAUAAGCGUUGGGAGAAGUCAAUUGCCCUUUCUAAGCAAGACAAGCUGUUCAAGGAUGCCAUUGAAACCGCUGCUAUGUCUGGCAAGUCAGACGUUGUUGAGGAAUUGUUGAGAUAUUUCGUCGAUAUUGGAAGCCGUGAGUGCUACGUCGGCAUGCUCUAUGCUUGCUACGAUCUCAUCCCGAUUCACGUCGUCCUGGAAAUCUCAUGGCGUCAUGGUCUUACUGACUACACGAUGCCCUUCAUGAUCAACUAUCUUGCUCAACAGAGUUCGACUAUCGAGAUCUUGAAGAAGGACAACGAGGAACGCAAGUUGCGUGAGAAAUCACAAGAGAAGGAGGAGAGCAAUGCUCCUAUCCUUGGAGGUAAUCGACUUAUGAUCACUGCUGGCUCAGCAGGCGGACGUCAGUCACCAGCUCCCUUCGCCCAGACAAACGGAUUUGCGCCACAACCAACUGGCUAUGGUGGAUUUUAAGGUUGGGGGAUGACAGGUACAAAUUUACAUAAUGACGGAGCAUCUGGGGGUGUACCUUUUCUGGUUUUGACAGCGGGGGUUAUUCUUGGGGUUCAUGUCUCAUAUUUCCCAUCAUGACUGUAGUUGUAUGGCCUCCGUGCAUUGGGUGGUUUCCUGACAAGGUCCACCGGAUGGGGCACACCUGUAACUGAUAGGAGCGUUCGUACUUUGCGUUUUCUAGAUUCUCUGAUGUAUUCUGAAAAGCCCUUUUUCACACAUGUCCAGCAUACUUUUGCACGAUUGCCCUUUCGACAUGUGAGUAGCAGGUUUACGACAGGGUCACUCGACUCAGAGAAACCUUCCAGUCAUGCUAGAUCCACCAGCGAGCGUGAUAAAUAUUCACAUGGCUUACACUUGCUCGCCUGCUUCAGACCUGACUCCAUUGAGGUAUUUCUUUCGAGCGGCUAUAGUCGGUAGCAAAUGGAUGCACGGCGGAAAUACAUGUGUUAGUAGUGCUCCAAUCUGCUCGCAUCAUCUCAGCCUCGCUCGUCUCAUCCUUGCAGAGUGCUGCCGAACUCGGCGCCUGGUGGAGAAAUUUGCACACGGCUGUUAUGCUUCACAUGAGGUAACAGGAAAAAAUAUCUCGAGGCUUGCUUCCAACAGCUUAGCUCUUGGCUGUGACCCUUGGCGUGUGACUCCAUUCGAUAACUGCACCGACAAAGAAACUUCUGCCAGGAACAUGAUUGACCAUCAGUACAGUACUGUAGGUUAGUACCUAGUCUUCCACGACAGUCUACUCGCCCAUCCAGUUUUCGGCAACCCUCCGAUGUAAUUUUCCCCCUUUAGUUUCUUUUCAUCUCGCAGAUGUAAAAAGUUUUUGCAGCAUCAAUUUCUGGAUUUGCGCGGACUUCUUUUGUUCGUGGAUAUGAUCACCGGAUAGUUACAUCUGCCUCAGCACUGACAGAUACACACUUGAACGGAUAGCAGCAGAUCAGUUAUAAUGAAAUACUUGGAAUACUUGGCAGUAGAUCUCCAAGUCUCCACUGUGCUGUAUCAGCUGUGUCUAUCUAUAUCUCUGUUUUGUUUGACUGUGAGCCCGCCGAGCAUUGUGCUCCAACACAUAUGUCAUAGCUUCAGAAGCUUAUCGCGGGAGGGGGGGG